GUUUACACGUGUUGCUACGACUCCCGUAACAUUUUAGUUAUUUUCCAAUUUUCCCUUUUUUAUUGCAUUGAGUCAAAUCUUUUUAUCAAUCUCUCGUACUCCAGUGAUUCAGAAAAUGGAUAGCCCUCAAAUUAUUUGUCAUUCCGAGAAAAGUGUGAAAUACUCCUUGUUUGACUGUUGUUGGAUUCCACGCUCUGCUAAAUUUGUGGCCUUAGGUUCAGACACGCAAAGCAAUGGUGUUAUGCAGAUUUAUGAAGUUCAAAAUGCAGAUCCUGUCAUGAUCAAAGAGGUCAAAAGCAGCAAGUCUUUUAAGUGUGGAACCCUUGGUGCAUCGUCCUUACAAUCAAGACAUCUAGCAACAGGAUCUUUCGAUGGAAAAUUAAAUAUAUGGGACCUUGAAGAUCCAAAACAUCCUAUCUACACAGUUGAUGCUCACAAUGAGAUAAUAAACACUAUAGAUGGCUUUGGUGGAACAGCUAUUGGUUGCGGAGCUCCAGAAAUUGUUACAGGAAGUAGAGAUGGUUCUGUAAAAGUUUGGGAUCCGCGACAGAAGAACAAGCCUGUAGCGGUCAUGGAAUGUGUUAAUAACGAAGAAAAGCGUGACUGUUGGUGUGUUUGCUUCGGGAACUCUUACAAUACAGAAGAAAGAGUAGUCUGCGCAGGCUAUGAUAACGGAGAUGUUAAACUUUUUGAUCUGAGAAAGAUGUCUACACAGUGGGAAUGUAAUGUGAAAAAUGGGGUAUGUUGUGUAGAGUUUGAUAGGAAAGACAUCAGAAUGAACAAACUAGUUGUUACCACAUUAGAAGCAAAGUUUUUCGUCUACGAUAUGACGGUCCAGCAUCCUAAAAAAGGUUUCUCUCGACUUUCUGAAAGGGCUCAUAAAUCGACAAUUUGGCUGUGUAGACAUUUACCCCAGAAUAGAGAUGUGUUUAUCACUGCUGGAGGAUCUGGCACUCUCUGCCUUUGGAAAUAUGACUAUCCAGGGAAACGAUUCAAAGAGGACUCUGAUGGACUCAAAGAAGGAGUCAUGGGAACUAUCAAUCUGUUGAGGAACGUUGAACUAUCUUCUCAACCUAUUUCAAGUUUCAACUGGAGCCCAGAUAAGUCUGGACUCGCAAUCUGUACUUCUUUCGAUCAAACUUUAAGGAUGUUAAUAGUCACUAAACUGAAUACCCUUUAAGGCUGUAGAAUAUUCAAAAUACACCAAUUUAGCAAUUAAAGACCAUGGUGAAAUCUGUAAACUUGUAAGAGGUAUGACACUUCUUGAUGAAAAACGAGGAAAACUAGGGACAAUUUCCUGAUAUUAAGAUAGAAAACACCCGAUAACUAGGCUGCCGGGUUAUCAAAGAGUGUGUUAUGAAAGAAGUAAGUAGAGUUCUGUACGAGGCACGGGUAGCACAUGCCCUUAUGUAUCCCGAGGCAUAUCUCAGAAUGCACUUAGUGCUCUUCUCUGUAACAACGCUGUAAGGCUCUUCUGCUUAACGGUUGAAUGGGAUGCAAUGAUGCAAAGAGUUUUCAAACUUGUUUUUACCUUUCAUGCCUGAGUGCUUCGCUCAAAGAUUUGAUGGGUCGGAAAAUUUGGAGGUUAAAAUGUAAAAAAGGGCAGGGAAUGGCACCAAUGAAAGCAAUGCAGUGUGGUAAAUAGGGUUGGUCAUUUCGGUGAUGCUUAUAAGGCCGUACGCAUGGAGCAUCCAAUGACACAUAAGAAUAACAAAAUUUCGAACAUCCGUUAUAGUUGACAUGACUAGCUCUUUCAUGGACUGAAACAUAAAAAAUGUAAUGCACUGUAAUAUUUGUCUGCUAGCUCAUAAAACAUGUUCAUGAUUGUUCAACUUUAUUGAGUGGAAUAAUUAAAACUACAUAUUUUUUUAGAAGUACAA